AACCCAAAAAUCUUCUUUCCGUAAACCUGUCCUUUCCCCUCCGCUGUUUCCUGGUGUCUGGGAGUUCAACAAUGGCCGCCUCUUCGGCUCUCAGACUGAUCCUCGGCUCCUCGUCGGCUUCGCGUCGUCUGAUUCUUUCCGAGAUGGGAUACCAGUUCACACUACUUAGCGCGGACAUUGACGAGAAGGAGAUCAGAAUGGAGAAGCCAGAGGAACUGGUGGUCGCCUUGGCUCACGCGAAAGCAGAUGCAAUAUUGGAGAAGAUGGCAAAGAAUGGGAUGAUGCAAGAGAUUGCUGACUCUCAAGAGACUACCUUGUUGAUCACUGCUGAUCAAGUUGUGGUCCAUGAUGGAGUUAUCCGUGAAAAACCAACCACUCCAGAAGAGGCACGUAAAUUCAUCCAAGGAUACUCCCAAAGCCAUGCUGCAACAAUUGGAUCUGUGCUUGUUACAGAUGUGAAGAAUGGUAGUAGAAGGGGAGGAUGGGAUAAAUCUGAAGUUUAUUUCCACAAGAUACCUGAUGAAGUUAUUGACAGCCUGAUUGAGGAGGGGAAUGUCUUCUACGUAGCUGGUGGCCUCCUAGUUGAGCAUCCACUGACUUCACCUCUCGUGGAAUCCAUCGUCGGUACAAUGGAUAGCGUAAUGGGGCUUCCUAAAGCGCUCACAGAGAAGCUCAUCAAGGAUUCCCUUCAGGAGUCCUAGCUGCAAAUAUCCGGACUAAGCUGGCUGGUUACCCAGAAAUCUCAUGUCGGAAAAUCUCCAUUCUUGGCUUCUCGCGAUUAACAUAUUAAGCACCCAUCCUGUCUGGCAAAUGGGGCGAAAAAGCUAACUACCGUCGUCAGCUUUGUCAUGCCACCUUUGAUAAACUGAACCAUUGUAUCGAUUGAAUUCUUCUUGUUAGUUAAGUGUGCUGGGUAGUAAUAACAUCCCUUUUGGAGCCUUCUCCUGUAACUGACUCGUAGGUCAUGCCGAUUUGAUGUUAAGGUAUGAUGGACCAAGUGAUAUGCCUAUCACGUUUUCAGAAGAACAUAGUGCAUGGUUAUCUUAAAACGUGUGUGUUGCUUUA